AUGGCACAUUUACGAUUGUUGGCAAAAUUCAUCAAUCGAAACCCUCGGAACAUUGAACAACUUGGCCUUCAAACUUACCCGGCAGGCUAUGGGAUGGAUGUUGAUCGGCACAAACAUUCAUUUAUAUAUAGGGCAGAUUUUCGGCGACAUCGGCAAUAUGUUGAAGGUCACAUAGUUCACUAUAAGGAGGGAACUGUAUUAACAGCGUCUUCACGUGAAAACCAACUAUUUGCACAGCUUUGCAGUCCUUCUGAUAUUUCUGCUUGUGCAAACAUUGGUCAUGUACUCGGCCUAAGGUGUGCUAUGGCUGGAAUACAUUUCUUACAAGAUAUUGAUAUGGAAGAUAUUAAAAAGAGCGCACAUGUAUCUGCAUUUUUUGGUGCCUUAAUAGAAAGUGGAAUCAAAUUCGGAGAACCGCAGCCUAUCCCGCACACUUUUGAAGUUGAUUCUGAGUUAACUUAUGACAACUAUGAAAUACGACAUACUCGCGAAGAUAACACUGACUAG